AUGACGCUCGCAGAAGAGUUCAAGUCGCGAAAUUUCAGUAUCUACGGACAAUGGACCGGAGUCCUAUGUAUAUUCCUAUGCUUUGCGCUGGGUAUCGCCAACAUCUUCCACGCCAACUUUGUCAUUGCGUUCAGCAUCGUAUGCUUGGUGUGCUCCUUCGUCAUUAUAUUUAUUGAGAUACCGCUCCUUCUUCGCAUCUGUCCAACCUCGUCGAAAUUCGACGAAUUCAUCCGCAAAUUCAGCUCCAACUAUAUGCGCGCUGCCAUCUAUGGUGUGAUGAGCGUUAUACAAUGGAUCAGCAUUUGGCCUAUGGCCACGAGCUUGAUUGUCGCAGCCAUCUUCCUGAUGCUUGCUGCAGUCUUCUAUGCACUUGCCGGCAUCAAGGGCCAGCAGUUCCAGGGCAGCAAGACACUUGGUGGACAGGGCGUUGCACAGAUGAUCAUCUAA